UAUGGCAAAACGGAUUCGUUACAAGCUGUCCGACUUGACUGAUGAACAGUUGCUGGACUUGUUUGAGUCAGUCCCGUCGGAUGAGGAAGUGUCAGACAUAUCAAGUGACGACGGGGACGACGACUUGAAUUUGGAAGAAGCUCUGACCAAUGCACUAGAGGACGAUGAGACUGUAUCAUUUAUAGACAGUAAUGUUGAAAAUGUGCAAAAUGUGGUACAGGAACCUGGGCCAUCACGGAAAACCACCAAAAGGCCUCGAUCGCCAUUACCAAUUACGGACGAUUCAGCAAACAUAUCUUCGCCAUCAUCUGGUGGCUUCAAUGGUUUUGGUAUUGAAUCAAUAACAAAGGAGCCGAGUAAGAUUGUGUGGCGACAGCAAUGUUUGCAGUUGCAUGCGAACGACAUAGUCUUUCGAGGAGAUUCUUUGCUGCCAGCUGAAUUAAUGAAGCUUAGAACUCCAUCACAGCUAUUUUGCUAUUUUUUCAACUCAGAAAUAAUGAAUAUGAUCACGGAGGAAACCAUGCGUGCAGCUUUAACGAAUAAUAUAUCAAAUAAGUUCAAAAUUAACAGUAAUGAUAUCCACCGUUACAUCGGUAUUUUGAUGUAUAUGUCCAUUUAUCGCUAUCCAAAUCUGAAAAGCUACUGGGCAAAACACGCGUUUGGACCUAUACAAACCUGCAUGACCCGAACCAAAUUCGAGGGAAUUAAACAGUACUUCUCACUGCGAGAUGAGCGCGAGCGGAUCAAAAAGUUUCCCAAAACUUUACUUAACGCCUGGAAGAUAUUAAGAUAA